CAGCGCUGACGUUUGUGGAUUUAAAUCAUUCCCGCAGGGAUCAUAUACACACAGAAGAGCAGAAACAGCCAAACAAGAACAUUCCUGCAGCUCAACACUUGACUUUUACAUCUCAGAAUGGAACGAGGAAUGAUCCUACUGGUCGCUGCACUGAUGAUUUAUGUGUCACCGGGUGUCCAAGGAACGGCUCAUUUGUCAUUCGUCAAUACUACGGUGAACAUCACUCGGCAUGGUUGUGGAGUCACCAAAUUGUGUGUGGAGACACCUAAUGACUGCGAUCCUGCUGGAAACACAAGCUGCCUGUUUGGGUCGGUGGUCUCCACCACCCCUGUGGCUCCCAACGGCGCUAACCUGUCCAUCCAACUCAGGGGAGACUCCAAUGGAUACGUUGCACUGGGACUCACUGUGAAUGCCUCAGAGGGUACCACCAUGCUUUUCAUCUGUGGUCAAAACAGCUCAGACAAUGGGACGUUUUUCUUCCGGACAAUGCAGAGGAACAACACUGACGAUAUGCUCACUGCCACAGAGAGGAGAGUGACAGAAAUCCGAGGCAUGGUGGAAGGAAGUGUAAUCAAGUGUGAGUUUGACGUCCCAGGUGUGAAUGCCUCCAACACCAGGACCAGCCAUGUAACCACCUUCUCUAUCCUCCUUGGCACUGGAAGUUUUGAUGGAAAUGUUGUCGGUCGCUUCAACGCCACCCUGAACAGCGGUCCCCUGAACCUCGCCAACCCAGCCAGCAACAUCCAAACCACACUGGCACCCACCACCAACACAACAAUGGGCAACAAUAGUGGAGCUGUCCAGCCUCAUGCUGUGCUGCUGUUGCUGAGUGUCCUCACACUGUCCGUCAUGCUGAGAGCCUGAAAGGAGGAAGCUGUGGCCGAGGAAUACAAUGAAGAAAUUAUCUGAGUGUCAAGCUAUGUAUAAAAUAUUUUUUACUGAACUUAUUUAGACAUGUUUAAGGUGUCUUUUGCACUAUGUUUGUACCUGAGAUGUAAUUUGGGCUGAAAUCCAGCUGAAAUACGAAGGAUAUUCAUGAGAUUUUAAUGACUUAAUUAUUUAAUUUACUGCAUCAGGGCUGUAGAAAACAUGUUGUAAUUACAGUUUUGCACUUGUGUAAACUUUUUCACCUGAGUUGUCCGUCUGGCUCCAGACUUUGGUCUGACGAGUUUGAGCUGUUUACCGGAGCAACUUGGCAGUAAACCUCAACUGACAGACUGACAAACUUUAAAGGAAACCCACCCUGAAACAAGAAUGUGUGGUUAUUUUAUUUUUAUUAUUUACAUGUGAAAUGUACUGUGACUGUGAAAUAUAAUAAAGUUAAAACCAUGGUUUA